AUGGCCGUAGAGACUACAAUACCAAUGCCUGAACCAGAGUCGGACAACGAUGUGUUUGUCAAUGGGCGUCCAAUUGUGCCCGACAACGAUCCGAGAGCGAGUCUGAAGUCUGCGCACUCGUACAUGACCGACUCAACAUUCACUGAGGAUGAUGACGGAACAGACGACAAGUUUGAUACUUACGGGCCUGCACCGGAAGGCAGACAGGACCGCAGAGGUCUGAGAUCUGCCCAGAUGGCGAAGAAAGAGGUCAGGCUGAUCAACGGAGAACUCAUCCUCGAAUGCAAGAUUCCCACCAUUCUCCACAGCUUCUUGCCGAGACGAGAUGAAAGAGAGUUUACGCACAUGCGAUACACGGCGGUUACAUGUGAUCCUGACGACUUCGUUGUACAAGGCUACAAGUUGCGCCAGAACAUUGGACCUACCGUGAGGGAAACAGAGCUCUUCAUCUGUGUCACCAUGUACAAUGAAGGCGAGAUUGAGUUUACCAGGACAAUGCACGGCAUCAUGCGCAACAUCUCCCACUUCUGCUCGAGGACGAAAUCCAGGACCUGGGGCAAAGAUGGCUGGCAGAAAAUCGUCGUAUGCAUCAUCGCCGACGGGAGACAGAAAGUGCACCCACGGACACUGAAUGCUCUGGCAGCUCUGGGGGUUUACCAGGAUGGUAUAGCCAAAAAUGUGGUCAACCAGAAGGAAGUUACGGCACACGUGUACGAAUAUACGACCCAAGUCUCCCUGGACGAGAGCCUCAAAUUCAAGGGAGCUGAGAAGGGGAUUGUCCCGUGUCAGAUGAUUUUCUGCCUGAAGGAGAAAAACAAGAAGAAACUGAACUCACAUCGAUGGUUCUUCAACGCGUUUGGAAGAGCUCUGACACCCAAUGUUUGUAUCUUGCUGGAUGUGGGCACGAAACCGGAUUCGAAAGCAUUGUACUACUUGUGGAAGGCAUUUGACCAAGACUCCAAUGUUGCCGGCGCUGCUGGUGAGAUCAAGGCGGACAAGGGCAAGGGCUGGAUGGGUCUCCUCAAUCCGCUGGUGGCUUCGCAGAACUUCGAGUACAAGAUGAGUAACAUUCUUGACAAGCCACUCGAGUCGGUGUUUGGCUAUAUCACGGUCCUGCCUGGUGCGCUAUCCGCAUAUCGAUACUACGCACUCCAGAACGAUGCCACCGGCCAUGGUCCUCUCAGUCAAUAUUUCAAAGGAGAGACACUGCAUGGGCGCGACGCAGAUGUCUUUACCGCCAACAUGUAUCUCGCCGAAGAUCGCAUUCUGUGCUGGGAGCUUGUUGCCAAGCGGGGCGAGCAAUGGGUAUUGAAGUUCGUCAAGAGCGCCUAUGGCGAGACUGACGUGCCAGACGCUGUCCCGGAAUUCAUCUCCCAGAGGCGACGCUGGCUCAACGGGGCCUUCUUCGCAGCAGUCUACUCUCUGGUCCACUUCAAGCAAAUCUGGCAUACCGACCACACGCUGACCCGGAAGAUUUUGCUGCACGUCGAGUUCAUCUACCAGUUCAUUUCCCUCCUCUUCACCUUCUUCUCCCUCGCCAACUUCUACCUCACCUUCUACUUCAUCGCCGGGUCCCUUGCAGAUCCCGUCAUAGAUCCAUUUGGCCACCAUAUCGGGAAAUACAUCUUCGUCGUUCUGCGCUACAUCACCGUCCUCUUGAUCUGUCUGCAAUUCAUCCUCAGUUUGGGCAACCGACCGCAGGGUGCGAAGAAGCUCUUCACAGGUACCAUGGUCACCUACUCAGUCAUCAUGGCCUACACGACCUUUGCCGCACUGUACAUUGUCAUCAAACAGCUCACCACGCAUGCCUUGGAGAACACAGAUCCCGACCAACCAUACAAGCUCGGCAACAACAUUUUCACCAACCUCAUUGUUAGCACCAUAAGCACUGUCGGCUUGUACUUCCUGAUGUCAUUCUUGUACCUGGAUCCAUGGCACAUGUUCACCAGCGCAGGACAAUAUUUUGCUCUUCUACCGUCAUACAUUUGUACCUUACAAGUGUACGCCUUUUGCAACACUCACGACGUGACAUGGGGAACCAAAGGCGACAAUGUUCUACACACCGAUCUCGGUGCUGCAAAGGCAAUUGGGCCCGGCGGUAAUACUGUCGAAGUUGAAAUGCCCUCUGAACAACUGGACAUCGACUCGGGUUAUGACGUGGCACUCCGAAACCUGCGGGAUAGGAUCGAAGUAGCGAAACCGCCCGUCAGCGAGAAUCAGCUGCAGGAGGACUACUACAAAUCUGUACGGACGUACAUGGUGUCCAUCUGGUUGACCUGCAAUGCUGUACUUGCCAUGGCCGUGUCAGAGGCGUACCCCGUCGGGAGCCACGUCGGAAGUAACUUCUACUUGACCUUCAUCUUGUGGGCUGUCGCUGCGCUGGCUAUAUUCCGAGCCAUCGGAUCAAGUGCUUUCGGAAUCAUCAACAUUAUCUCGGCGAUCGCAGAAGGGCGACUACAAGCUAAAUUCGAACGCAUCUUUGGUGGAGGAGACGAGAAUGGGCGGCGUCGUCAGGGACUGGGAAGUGGUCUCUCAGAGAGCGGCAAGACCGGUGUCAGUGGUGGAAGUAGUGGUAGCGCAGGCAUCAGCUUGAGUGAAGUCACGAGCAAGAUUUCGGAAAAGUUCAGCUGGAUGAGCAGGAAGUAG